AAACCAUAAUGAUCAGUGAAACUAUGACCAGCUCUAGUGAGUGGUUCCCAUUCUAUGAGCCAACCUCUACUCAUGGACUGCCUGCACCUUCUUCUUCUUUCUUUGGAUUUUCAGAGGCCAACAUGGUUACAACCACAACUGCACAAAGUGGCCAUUCUGAUCAUUGCUUAGUGUUGAGCCCUAGCUGUUCAACUACAGCAACUGCUCCCUUGACACCUAAGGGUUGUGUGUCAAAGCCAACUAGAAGGAGGUCUAGGGCUUCUAAGAAGACACCCACUACCCUUCUCAAUGCCAAUAUCAGCAAUUUUAGAGCCUUGGUGCAACAAUUCACUGGCUGUCAUAGCUCAACUAGAUCACUUGGGAAACAGAAGGGUCCAAUCAACCUGAAUUUUCAACUGGGUAGUGUACAAAAUCCUAGUACUGAAACUACAAGAAUGAAUCCUUUUUACAAGAGUUGUAAUACUUGUUGUCCCCAUGAGCAUCAUCAGAUGCAAAAACUAGAAGGACAACAGCAACCACUGCAGCAGCAAGACCAUGAUCAUCAACAGCUACUGCAACCGGAGCAGAAGCAUAUGGUUUCAUCACUUGAAGAUGUCUGUUUCCCAGGGCCUGGAGACAUUGACAGUACUGCUACUGCUGGAACUAAUUUGCAGAUCCCAGAUGAGCUUCUCAUCAUGGAUGAUUUUUCUUUGCAUGAACUUGCUAGGGAGUCUCUGUAUGAUGAAAUAUAAUCUAGGUAGCAAGCUAGCUAGCUACCUGGAUGAUGAAUAGAUCAUACAUACAGGAUUACUAUAUUUUCCUUCUUAGAUCAAGGGACAAUUUACAUUUUCCUUCAACUAAUCUACAAGCUUAUGCCCAAGAAGGAAAACCAUUAUCCAUUGCAAAGAAUAAAGAGGAGUAGUUGCUCUUUUUCAGCUUCA